UGGCUUAAUCAGGGUGAGUUUUCCAUUGCAGGCCCUGGCCAAAUAUAAAAUAUAUAAAAUAAUGGAAGGACAUAAAUUUAAUGGCAAGAAAAGCCAUACCAACAUACAUGAAUUUAAAAUACCAGUCAACAACAUUAACAAGUUACAUAAACUAUACGAUAGCCAAAGUCCUAUACACAAGUAUUUGGACAAGGAAAGAGUAGUGUAGGUAUUGAUCUUCAUCUCGUUUCAGAGAGACUAAGGUGAGGAUCCUUCUUGGUGUGAUAGAUAUGGGAAAGGCAAGCAGAUGGUUGGUAAACUUCUUGCUAGGGAGAAAGGAGGAUAAAGGGAAAAGGAAAAACAUUUCAAUAUCGUUUGAAGAAGGAAGUGUGACAACUCCAUGUGCUACUCCACCUGCAGCUCCUUUCAAGAGGAGAUGGAGUUUCGGGAAGUUGGCUAGUAAAGAGAGAGCUCACAAGAGUUCCAGGUCCCUUGACUCGAUGACCGCUACUCCACUUGUGAAGCAAGCUGUGUUGGGCUUGGAGAAACGGCAUGAUAACACCAGGGUUUUGGCAAUGGCAAUGACAAGAGCUACCAAAAGAAAAACAAAGGCAACAUCUGCAGCUUCUUUGAUAAGCAAAGCGGUAGAAGAUGCAGCUGCCACCAGGAUUCAAGCCGCCUUUCGUUCUUUUUUGGCGAGGAAAGCUUUACAUGCUUUGAGGGGACUAGUCAAGUUGCAAGCACUGGUUAGGGGUCACCUGGUGAGGAAACAAACAACUGCUACUCUCAGACGUAUGCAUGCUCUUAUGGCAAUACAAGUUAGAGCCCGGUUUCAGAGAAUCCAGAUGGCUGAGGAACAACGACCUGCUGUAAAAUGUCGAUCAUCAAGAUACGGAAGGUUUCCCCAGGAGAUGGGGUUCAAAAGAGCAGAGAGACGUGGAAUUGUGAAGAGCCAAAAUGGUUUUAUGAAUCAUUCACAGAUUGAGAGGAUUGAACAUGGAAUCACCAAAUAUUACUCUGGAGAGCUUUCGAUCUCAAAGCGAGAACAAAAAUAUGAGGAGUUUUCCUUCACAACGCACAACAGUCCCAGACAUUCUCCUCCAAUGUCCAAGCCAACACGGGGAAGAUCCUCUUUCAGUUCUCAUGAGUAUCCAUACAUGCCAAAUUACAUGACCAACACAGAAUCUUCAAGGGCCAAAUUCAGGUCACAAAGUGAACCAAAACAACGACCUGCAUGCAACUCCAAAGCAAAGGGCAAGAAAACAACUUCAGCUGAAGAAAUGGGUGACAAUAUUCAACAACAUUAUUCAUCUUCACAGUCGAAAGGCGUUGCAGAAUGGAAUCAAGAACCAUGGUUUGUCACACUUCAUCGGUCAACAAGGACACCCAAAGACAAUGAGGGUGAUACCAGUGGCCCAACCAGUUACUCUGAAUAUCGGAAAUCUCUUGUUACAAAUGAGCCUCAUGCAACUUUGUUCUAACUGAAGAUUCAAGAACGUUCAACCCUCAGCAGAGAAGUGAUGAACAAGAUAGUUGAUUCAAGAUUUAGCAGCAGAAAAACUAGUUUACGAUGGUAUAUAGGAAAGAAGAACGCUGCAAAGACUUCACACUCUGAAUACAAUUGCUCAUGAAAAAAAAAAUAACUGGAAGUCCUUUUCUUUACUUGCUGAGGUGGUUAAUUAGUGGUAUGAAAUCAUGAUUAAGCAAAAAUUUUAAGCAGGAAAUUAUUUAUUGAUGACACUUCUGUGCACUUCUAUAACUAAUGCUAAAAUCAAAUGGAAGCAAGAAACUGUAGCUGUAAUCACGAUUACAAAAUGUAAAUUACAUUUGCAUGUUUAAUGUGUUGCAUAUAUUGGUUUAGAUCUAGGAAUCAGGUUUAGUUUUCAAUGAGCAAGGUGCCUUUGGACAUGGAAGAUGCCCAGUUGCCUGGUUACUGGGCUUUCUCGAGAUCCUUAUGUAAAACCCAAGUUCGAAACUUGUCCUCAUAGGAGAUUGAGGCCGAUGGGAUUAGCCCGCAGAUGAUUAGAAAGGGAGAGAGAAGGCAAAUA